GAAGAUUCCCACCCACUACUCCCACGCCUAAAGGCAUUGGGAUUCGUUUGAAGAAAAUUUAACGCAAGUCAAAACACCAGCUCACCAAUUUGGUGUUUCUAACAAUCAACACAAGAGGCCUCCCUCUGAGUUUGUGGGUAAUAACUGCACCUACCAGUACAACUAUCUGUUCUGUUCUCUACUCCACGCUCCUUUUACUCUCAGUCUCAGUCUCAUCUUUGGAUUCCACCUUCUCUCCUGUCUUUUAAUUUUGAGCCUCCUUCCUACAUUGCAUAGUACAUUCACAAAUUUCAGAUUGUGCGCUUAUGGUUUCAAGUAUUAGUGUUUAGCUUGGUCUUUCUUUUUUUUAUUUGUGGGGCUUUGAUGGAGAGGAGGAAGCCCCUCUUUUGCGGUGACUCCCAGUGUUGAAGAUGUAGGAUUUUAUGCAAAAUCCCACCUUUUUUUCGUUGUUUUUUUGUUUCAGCAGUCACGGGUCUUCUUUCUAUUUCUUGUUCAUCUUUUCUUUUUGGGUACAUUUUGGUUUUGACUUGAUUUGCUCACAGUUUGGUUUCCAGUUUUACAAAAAUGGGUUUGUUUUAGCAAUGCUUGAGCUCUGGUUUUCUCUUAGUGGUUUCUGUUAGUUGCAACUGCAUUCUUUAUGUCCAUUCCUUUUCAUUUACCCCAUUGCUUCUAGUUUUUGUCUUAUUUUUUUGUAAGUCCAAAAAUUUUUUGUUCUGCAUUAUUGUCUGGUCGUUUUCUGCUCUUUUUCUGCUUCAAUGCACAUGGGUUGAUUCUGUUUUCUUCUGAAUUGUGUAAAUUCUGUGUUUUGGGCCUAGAAUUUGUAGAAAAGGAGUAAGAGUGGAGGUUUGUUGUAGUAGGAAUGCAUUCCACGUGUUUGAUAUUCUUGUUGUUGGUAGAAUUGGCAGUGGGACAAUCAGAUUUCGGGGCACUCAUAGAGCUCAAGAAAGGGAUUCAGAAAGACCCUUCUGGAGUUCUUGAUUCAUGGGAUUCUAAAUCCUUAGCGUCUGAUGGGUGUCCAGAAAACUGGUUUGGAAUCAUCUGUAGCGAAGGCCAUGUCACAUCCAUCGCCCUAAACGACUUGGGUAUAGUUGGAGAUUUUCAUUUCACUGCCAUUACUGGCCUUAAAAUGCUUCAGAACUUAUCAGUUUCCAACAAUCUUUUCACUGGGACUAUCGAGGACGUAGGCUCCAUUGAGUCAUUGGCAUAUUUGGAUCUCUCACACAAUGCUUUUCAUGGGCUGAUACCCUCAGACUUGACCCACCUGGAGAAUUUAGUUCUUCUGAACCUUUCUUCCAACAAUUUUGAAGGGAAAGUGCCAUCUGGUUUUGGAGAUCUUGAGAAGCUGAAGUAUAUAGAUUUCAGGGCAAAUGGAUUUUCCGGGGACAUUAUGCGUUUUCUCUCUGAAUUGGGUAGCGUGGUGCAUGUUGACCUCAGUAGUAAUCAGUUCUCCGGAUCACUGGACUUGGGACUUGGAAACUCCAGCUUCGUUUCCUCGAUUCAGUAUUUGAAUAUUAGCUGCAAUUCCUUAGUUGGCCAGCUUUUUGCUCAUGAUGGAAUGCCAUAUUUUGACAGUUUAGAGGUGUUUGAUGCUAGUAAUAAUCAGUUGGUGGGUGCUAUUCCUUCCUUCAAUUUUGUAGUCUCUCUUCGGAUUCUUCGACUUGGAAGAAACCACUUAACAGGGUCUCUACCAGAAGCUCUUUUCCAGGAGAGCUCAAUGAUCUUGUCUGAACUAGAUCUCAGCCUUAACCAGCUUGAAGGUCCUGUCGGAAGUAUCACGUCUGCAACUCUAAAGAAUCUUAAUCUGUCUUCAAACAGGCUGACAGGUCUCUUGCCUGCCAGGGUGGGGCACUGCUCCAUCAUUGAUCUGAGUAAUAAUAUGCUGUCAGGGAACUUGUCCAGAAUGCAAAGUUGGGGAAAUUAUGUGGAAAUUAUUGAUUUAAGCUCAAACAAAUUGACAGGAAUCUUGCCAAACCAGACUUCUCAGUUCUUGAGGUUGAUUUCACUCAAGUUAUCCAACAACUCAUUAGGGGGAUCUCUUCCGCCUGUUUUAGGUACAUACCAGGAAUUAAAAGUGAUUGAUCUAAGCCUCAACCAGCUCACUGGGUUCCUCCUCCCAAGCUUCUUCAACUCAACAAGAUUGACUGAUCUUAACCUGUCUGGCAACAAUUUGACUGGAUCCAUACCUCUGCAGGCAAUCCCAGAUAUUCCUUCAAUUGAUUCCACCCAAAAUUUGAGCCUAGUUUCUCUUGAUCUAUCUGGUAACUCAUUAAGUGGUCAUUUGCCCCAAGAAAUUAGUGGUUUCCAUGAAUUAGUUUAUCUUAAUCUAUCUAACAACCUUUUUGAGGGUAGCAUCCCUGAUGACCUUCCAGAUGGAUUGAAAGGAUUCAGUGUGUCUUAUAAUAAUCUCUCUGGCAUAGUACCUGAAAACUUGAGGAGGUUUCCUGAUUCAGCAUUCCAUCCAGGAAAUUCCUUACUGGCUUUCCCUCGUUCACCAUCAUCAUCAAAUGCUGCUCCCGAUCUUGAUUUGAGGGGGCAAGGGUCGUCCCACAUGAAGCCUGCUGUUAGGGCUGCUCUGAUUGCUGGUUUGGUUGGUGGAGUUUCUAUGAUAGCUCUCUUGUUCGUAAUGAUAUGUUAUGGGGCCCACUGGGUAGAAUGUAGCAGGGACAGUUUGAAAGGGAAUGGCAUGAAGAAAGGUACCGAAAAGGAGACUUCAUCUGAUCUUCAUACAUCAGCACUUCACAAAAUUCUAGAUCCAUCAAUUACUUCAUCUAGUUUCCCUCAAGACAAUACAUCUUCAUCGCACUUGGGAUAUGAACAUGAGCAUGGUAUUAUAUCGUUAGUUACAAAGAAGCCUAGUGAUGGCAGCCCUCCUGAACCAAUAAGAGAAGAUGAAGGAAUAUCUUCUCCAAUAUCUCUCCUGUCACCUUCUAAUCCAUCACCUUCUAAAAGCCCAUAUCGGCCAGACGAGAAUCCUGAUGUGCUCAAGGUGUGUUCUCCAGAUAAAUUGGCUGGGGAUCUACAUCUAUUUGAUGGCUCUUUGGUGGUUACUUCAGAAGAACUUUCACAUGCUCCGGCAGAAGUUAUUGGGAGGAGUUGUCAUGGAACAUUAUACAAAGCUACACUUGACUCUGGUCAUGUAUUAGCUGUAAAAUGGCUGAGGGAGGGGAUAGCAAAAGGAAGGAAGGAAUUCUCAAGGGAAGCAAAGAAACUUGGGAACAUCAAGCACCCAAAUCUAGUUUCUCUGCAGGGUUACUACUGGGGUCUAAGGGAGCAUGAGAAGCUGAUCAUAUCCAACUUCAUCAAUGCACCGUGUUUAGCCCUUUAUCUUCAUCAGAUGGAGCCAAGAAAAUUCCCACCCCUGUCCCUGGUUGAGCGGCUCAAGAUCGCUAGAGAUGUAGCCUGUUGUCUGAACUUCCUCCAUAACGAGAGAGCCAUACCUCAUGGCAACCUGAAAUCGACAAAUAUCUUAUUAGAAACUCGUAAAUUAAAUGCACUCCUAACUGAUUACAGUCUCCACCGGAUAAUGACUCCUGCAGGCACUGCUGAGCAGGUUCUAAAUGCAGGUGCUCUUGGCUACCGGCCACCUGAGUUUGCCAGCUCAAGUAAACCGUGCCCAUCAUUGAAAAGCGAUGUCUAUGCAUACGGGGUCAUCUUGUUGGAGCUGCUGACCGGAAAAAGUUCUGGGGAGAUAGUGUCCGGGAACACAGGAGUGGUGGAUUUGACAGAGUGGGUGAGGUGGUUGGCUGCAGAAAACCGUUGGGGUGAGUGCUUUGACAGGCUCAUUCCAGGUAUGCAGUCUGUGGACCACCCACCAAGAUGUCUGCAUGAAAUGCUGCAAGUUGCUCUAAAUUGUAUCCUCCCAGCAUCUGAGAGACCAGACAUGAGGACGGUUUAUGAAGAUAUUUCAUCUGUAGUGUUAUGAAAGGCCACCAAGCUUGAGGAUUAGCUCUAACUUCAGACUUUGACACUAACCCAAUUGAUUGAUUCUUCCUUUUAGGCUUUUGUGUUGCCUCCAUUGUUGUCUGUAAUUGUUUAGUUGAAGCCUCCCUUUGUUCAGGAUGGAAGUAGAAUUUUGUGACAUGUAAGGGCUAAGAAUAAAGGUAUUUUGUAGAUGUUGGGGAAUGGAAUAAAAAAGGUCAAAUAUUUUGAUUUUUUCUA